AGUUUCUUCCGUCCUGUAUUGGGCGUCGUUCAUUUUGCCCUACUACUAUGCUCGUUCCAGUCGCGGACGGGUCUGACGUGUACAUGAGCGUGCCGGUCCCUCCCACGCACGCAGCCUUGAAGUACCGGAAGUAUCUUGAUGUAUCUUUUAUGAUGUUGGUCGUGCUGUCGUUCGGGCAUAUGAUCUAUGGAGAUGGCUGGGGUGCGCUGCUGGACCUCAUGUUUGCACUCUUGGGAUAUGCUACGUUCCGGAGGUGGUUGUUGUCCGGCAUUGCAUUCUACUCUUUUCUAUGUGCAUUCAAUUGUGGGAUAGAUGUAGUUGCGACUAUUAAUGUUGGUAUGAGUAUAGAGGGUAUGGACCAGAAGACUCAUGAUUCUUUGAAGCUCACACCAGGAUUGGAGGGGGUCAUCCUAGGCACCAUGGUCAUGGAUACGUUGGUGAUGGGAGCCUGCUUAGUGUUCUCGUGCAAGAUUUACACCGAUCUCCGGGCCAACCUGUAUACACAGCUCAUAGGAGGGGGUGGUGCUGAUGUCACCGCCACUUCCGCCCUUUUCCUGGAUGGUCAACAGGGAGCGACUCAACAGCAGCAACAACAACAGACGUUGGGGAUGCCACUACUACAGCAGCAACAGCAACAGCAGCAGUCGGAUAGGCAGCAGACAGGUCAACAACAACAGCAACAACACCCACUGCCGUUCAUGCCGUUCCAAGGCCAGGCUCAUAAACUGGAUUAGAAUAGAGGCCUGUUGAAGAGAAGUGACAAUUUUGUAACUUAUUUGAAUGGAAAGAGCAGCACUGCUGCUGCUGUUGAAUACUGCUCUAAUCUGG